AUGCCAGCUGCUCUGUGUGUUUUCUUCUGUGUGUUGCUUUGUGAGUUGACCUUUGUCACGCCGCUGACACUGACAGCCAUGAGCCUGGAGCGGUAUGUGGCCAUCUGCAUGCCCCUGCGCCAUGGAGAGCUCUCCACUGUACGCAGAGCCAUUCACUGCAUCCUACUCAUCCACAGCAUCAGUGCCAUACAGCCCAUCAUAAUUGUCUCCAUCUUCUUUGCCUCAGUCCCUCUGGGCUUCUACACACAGUAUAAACUGUGUUCAGCAGAGAUGUUUAUUGCACACAAUUGGCAGAGACACCUUAGAUCAGUUAUAGGUCAGUUCUACUUUCUGGUCAUGUCCAUCACCAUUGUGUUUACCUAUGUUAGAAUAUUUGCAGUGGCCAAAGAAUCUUCGGACAAUAAGAAAUCUUUAUCUAAAUGUCGUAAAACGGUGAUUCUCCACGCUAUCCAGUUGUUCCUGUGUCUGUUCCAGCUGUGGUGCCCGUUCAUUGAGGCUUCCAUCCUGCCAAUUCAUUUGAAAUUGUACAAUGUGAGAUUCUUUGAUUACAUUCUUUUUAUUCUGGCCCCGCGAUGUCUUUGUCCACUUGUCUAUGGCCUAAGGGAUGAAAAGUUUUUCCUUGCAAUUAAAUGUUAUGUAUUUUUUGGGGUGAAUAAGAACAUUUCCCCAAUACUUGUUGAUAACUUAAUUACUGGUCAUAUGAAAACAUAA